AUGCAGAAUCGUUCAUUACUAAUCUUAUUUAUGAUUAAUUUGGUUGGAUUAUUAACUGAUAUGCCAAUGAGUAUCGAUUUCUAUUAUUUUCAAUCUGUUCGCUUUGCUACAGUGGACUACUGUACUUGGUGGACGUUCACACUGUUUAGUUUUGCUGUUAUAGGCGAAUUUUUGAUGGCAGUGAUUUCUAUUCAACGACAUUUCUUCAUAUUUCAAGCACAUGUUUUUCAGAAUCGUAGAAAACGUUACAUCUUCUAUUAUUUGCCUCUAAUAUUAAGUAUCAUCUAUCCCAUUCUAUUCUAUAUCUAUAGUAUUUUUCUCGUUACUUGCGAUGGCAGUCAAUGGGAUUUCACUUUGCCGGUGUGUGGCUUUGCUAACUGCUAUUUUCUGUACGACGCCGCAUUGACACUGUUCGAUUAUGUGUUCAACAAUACUGUACCACUAGCUGUGAUUUUUAUUGCGAAUGUCGUGCUUAUAAUUCGAGUUGUCAAACAAAAACGUCACCGUCAACAACGUUUUGUUUGGAAAAAACACAGACGAAUGACUAUACAACUAGUUUGUAUUUCAAGCCUUUAUCUAAUUGCAUGGUCACCGGUGAUCAUUGAUACAUUAAUACUGAACAUCAGUCCUUCGCCAUCUUUGAUUCAAUUCCAUAUGAACUACGUAUCGGAAUUUCCAAAUCUAGCAUGUUAUGGACUUCCUUGGGUCUAUGCUGGUUUACUGUCUGAAUUCAAGAAAUGGAUGUUGAAGAGAAUAAGUCCGGCACGAAUAGCAGCACACACUGUGCAACCAGUAUAA